AUUUUCGUCUAUCCGUCAGUAUAUUACAGACUGUCGGCACGGUCGAUACUAUUAGUACGGUUUGUACAUGUGACAAAAACUGGUGUGACUUGUAUAACCAUAAAUAAUUUUACAUAUAUUAAAAAAGUACAAUAAAGUAAAAGAUAUCCACGAAAAACAUAAAAACAUAUUGAUAGAAUAUAAAACUUAUAUGUAAAGCGCUUAAAAGAUGCGAGACGAUCUACUUUUUGGAUUUCAUGUGAUCUCUUGUAUGCAAUUUGCAUUUGCAGUGUAUUAUGAUUAUAUGUACAUUGCAAUACCUCCAAAUCUUAUCAAAAUGCAUAUUAAUUUCGGCGGGAAAUUCAAGUUUCUUACUUUCUGGGACGCGAUCAUUCAAGCAGUAUUUUUUUUUAUAUGUAUGUUAAAUGAUUGGUUUGGUACAAAUGCUGUUAGUCCCAAAAAGCCACCAUUUAUACGUAAAUUAAAAGAUUAUAUACAUGCGAUACUUAGUUUUCCGAUUGCCAUGUUUGUUGGAGUAACAUUCUGGGCUCUAAUGUUUGUGGAUCGUGAAUUGGUGCUUCCAAAAGCUGUAGAUCCUUAUUUUCCAUGGUGGUUAAAUCAUUUAAUGCAUACUAUGAUUAUGAUUACCAUAUUAGUAGAAACGAUUUUAGCGCCACGUACAUAUCCAAAGAGAUCGAAUGGUCUCCUUGGUAUAAUAAUAUUCUUAUUUAUAUAUUUAGUUUGGAUAUAUAUAAUUUAUUACAAAAGCGGUGUCUGGGUAUAUCCAGUAUUGGAAGUGCUAUCAUUGCCAUUACGAGUUGUGUUUUUCAGUACAUUGAUCACGUUCAGUAUAGGCUUGUAUUUUAUCGGCGAAAAAAUGGACAACUUGUUUUGGGGUAACGAAUAUAUUAAACAUAAAAAAUCUUAUGCCAAAAGCAAAUAACCUUGCUCAUGGGUGAUAAGGUGUGCUAAUUUUGAUUAUAUAUAAUUAGCCUCCUCUUAGGUGAUGGUGAAUAAAACAAAAAUUAAUUCUUUUCCCAUCAUUUCCCAUUUAUUUUACAUUACGGCAUGUAUGCAUAACACGCCAUUAAAUAAAUCUUCUCGAAAAUUUUUAAAAAAAUAUGAUAACGUGUGCAUGUACAAAUGCAGGAUUGUAUUUAUUAUUUUAAAGCAGAAAGCACGAAGAGAACGCGAUCGUUAAUAAUUUGUUCACUGAAGAGGGUGGCAUAACUGAAGCAUGUAUAAGUACAUAGAUGUGAUUUUCUUCUGUAUGGCUUGUGUCAUAUAUGAUGAAAGAAAAAGAGCAAACUAAUUGUCUCUCUACACACUUUGGUGUCUGAUAUUCAUGGUGAUGCAAAUUAAAAACUGGAAAAAAAUGAAAAAUGAAAAAACACGAAUACAUAUAUAUACACGCAAUUAUUAUAUUUUUAUAUGUUCAACAAAUUAUGUUACUCUGACAACAAAGAAAACACUGAUGGCUCUAUUUGUAUCGAGUAUAGGAAAAAAAUACGUAGCAGAAGUUAUCGGACCGGAUUUGAAAGCAUAAUGACGUUCAUGUUGAAGAAUCGAGCAAGAGGAAAAUAUUUUUGUGAAAAUUAAAAAGAAAAAUGAUGAAUAUACAUGUAUGUUUAUGCUUUGAUGUCAAGUCAUAGGAUCUCAUAUUAAAAAGAAUGAAGUGAU